AUGGGACAACCUGUACGAAAAGGCUAUGUCACUAGCAAGAGACAUUGGGGCUACAGGGCUACUGAACUGACACCUGCUAGGGCCGCAGAGAUUUAUGCAGAGUACAGUUCAGACUUAGAGUGUGACGAGGAGACGUUUGUCCGGGAGUGUAAAAGAUGGAUUGCUAAAUGGACCACAAUAUCCCCAGCUGAGUAUCCAGACCUGGAAACAUCUUUGCGAGUGGCCACUGAGGCAUCAUAUCCAAACAUAAGACUUUGCAUGAUGGUGUUGAUGUGCAUGCCCGUUUCAACAGCUACGGCAGAGCGGUCCUUCUCCACGAUGAGGAGAGUCAAGACGUACCUCCGCAACACGAUGACCGCCGAGAGGCUUUCAGAGCUUGAGCUUCUUAACAUUUAUCAAGAGCGAGAUAUCAACGCUGAGCACGUAGUGGAUGUUUUUGCACGUAGAAAAGACCGUCGGCUGGCGUUAGUGGUCAAAGUUUAA